ACUAUAGAAACUCCCUUUAUUUCAUUCUUCUCAAAAACCUGGACUGCCAGAUAACAUCAUGAUCCAGCCCGAUGGUCCUGAGGUCUUUGUGAAUGGAAAUGGUGCUUCUCACCACCCAGACACCGACGCCCAAGAUCCAGAACCCAGUCACCUGUUUAUCAAACUACCAGAGACAGCAUCAUAUCCCACUGGCAGUCUCGAUUUCCUCGUCAAACUGAGGAGAGAACAGCAACAAGAAGAAGCGAUGCGCCAAGCUUCAUCACUUGCCAAUGGUGAACGACAAUCCAAACUCAAGCUUAAGAUUGUCAUUGUUGGGGCUGGACUCGGAGGUCUGGCUGCUGCUAUUGCCCUCUUACGGAAGGGUCAUCAAGUCACCGUUGUCGAGCAGGCUCCUUUUCUGGGCGAGGUCGGAGCAGGCAUCCAGAUCCCAUCGAAUUCCAGUCGACUACUCAUCAAAUGGGGCUUGAAACCAUUCCUGGCUUCACGAGUCGUGACCCCAGCCAGCAUUGCCUUCAAACGAUGGCAGGACGGUGAUGUAAUCGCGCUGACCAAGCUGGUGCCUGAGUUUCAGGACAAUUUCGAUGCUCCUUACUGGGUUGUCCACCGAGCUCAUUUCCACGACGCCAUGUAUCAAUUGGCCAAGCAGCUGGGAGUCGAAGUGAUACUCAACUCCAGGGUGGUCGAGUACGACCAGCAUGGCCCUUCAAUCACCACUGAGAACGGAACCACAUACUCAGGUGAUCUGGUCAUCUGCUCCGAUGGCGUCAAGUCUAUUGGUCGCAAGAUCGUGCUUGGUGGCGUCGACCAAACACCGCUGAGGACUGGGUUUGCCGCAUAUCGCGCCACGGUCGACGUCGACAAGAUGCAGCAACACCCAGACACGGCGCGGUUGCUUGAGGUGCCCGGUUUGAAUCUUUGGAUCGGAGAUCUGAGACACGUCAUGACAUAUACUAUCUCAGGCGGACGGGCGUUCAAUAUGGUACUGUCACAUCCAGACCGAUCAGACCCUGCAGGAUGGGUUAAACAAAGCCCCGAUGAGAUCCUGUCACAGAUGCGGAAACAUUUCUCCGGAUGGGACCCUGUACUGACCAAGAUCAUCGACAUGAUUGACUCGACGCUGAAAUGGCCGUUGUUGAGCGGUUCGCCACUCAAGACCUGGAUCUCCAGCUCGAGCAAAAUGAUCAUCAUGGGUGAUGCCGCCCAUGCUAUGGUGCCCUAUAUGUCACAAGGUGCUGCAAUGGCUGUCGAAGACGCUGCCGCUCUCGCCGAGGCUAUCGAUCUCGUCGACAAUCCGGCCGAAUUGCCUACGGCCCUCAAGGUGUGGGAGUCAGUCCGUAUCCUGCGCACUGGCCAGAUGCAGGAGGCCAGUCUCAUCAAUGGCAAGCUCUGGCAUUUUGCCGAUGGGCCUGAACAGCGUGCCAGAGACGCUGCGACCAGGCCAGAGGUCGAGGGUCGUCAAUUCACAACCAGCCCCAACCAGUGGAGUGACCCUACAACCCAGCGUUGGACCUAUGGUUAUGAUUCUGAAGCAGAGAUCAGAAAGGCUUGGGCGGCUCAAAGGCCUUCCAAGGUCCAAGUCAAUGGUAAAUGA